AUGUCCUCAGCCUCAACAUCUUCGCUCGCAUCAAAAUACAACCCUGAUGACUCGUCCUUGAUCAACACACUCCAUCGCCUACACAAUAAACAGCCCAAGCUCGUCCGCUCGUCGAAGUACAACCCGCCAUCAUGGCCGGACAUCACGAUCGAGAGCUGGAAGAUGAACGAGUUCAAGUACUAUGACAUCCCGAGCCCGUUCCCGACGCUUGCGAGGGGGCUGUUUACGGUCAGGCUGGACGACGAGCACCAGGUCGGCGGGGAGGACGGGGAUCGAUAUGUCGUUGUGGCGCGGGGAUACGAUAAAUUCUUCAACAUUGGGGAGGUUCCGUGGACCACCUGGGCGUCUCUGGAAGAGCACACAAAACCGCCGUACACUCUAACGCUCAAGUCUAACGGCUGCAUCAUCUUCAUCGCGCCACUCUCGCCCGAAAAGCUCAUCGUCUGCUCGAAGCACUCCCUCGGCCCUGUCGCAAAUGUGAAAGAGAGCCACGCUCAAGCCGGUGAGCGAUGGCUCGAACAUCACCUCAAGACGGUCGGCAAGACGAAGGAGGAUCUCGCGAAGGAGCUGUGGGAGAAGAACUGGACGGCAGUGGCUGAGCUUUGCGACGACGAGUUUGAAGAACACGUCUUGCCUUACGGGCGCGACAAGGCCGGCUUGCAUCUCCACGGCCUAAACACUUCAUCGGGCGCAUUCCAAACACAACCACCCUCUGUCGUCGACGCCUUUGCGCGAGACUGGGGCAUGAUCGUCACUCUUUCUACCUCUCUCAACAGCGUCGAAGAAGUCCGCUCAUUCACGGACGAAGUCUCGAAGACGGGCAAAUGGAGGGGUGAGGCGCUGGAGGGCUUUGUCGUGCGCACGACAGUUUCGCAUCCACCUGGAGGCAAAAGGGGAGGCGAAUCCGCGUCACCCUACGCCCCCGGCACGGACUUCUUCUUCAAGGUCAAGUUCGACGAGCCGUACAUGAUGUACCGCGACUGGCGCGAAGUCACCAAAACCCUCCUCUCGAGUAAAACAGGCCCGGACGAUGCGAAGCUCCCAAAGAGCAAGAUGAAGAGGGCGGAGACGAAGUUGUAUGUGAAGUGGGUGACGCAGGAGAUCAAGAGGGAUAGGAAGCAGUUUGAUCAGUAUACGAAGGGGAGAGGGAUUAUCAGUACGCGCGAGAAGUUCUUGGCGUGGUUGGAGAGUGACGAAGGAAAGAAGGGGAAUAAAGAGGGGGUCGAAGAGGCUGCGAAGGAGACACCUGCCGAUGAUGAGCCACGAAAGACCAUCAUCGUGCCCAUCGCCAUUCCGGGCGUUGGCAAGACCGCUAUCGCCGUCGCAUUGGCGCAUCUCUUUGGCUUUGGACAUACGCAAAGCGACGAUGUCAAGGCGAAGAAGGCUGCUCCCGCAUUCAUCAAGAAUGUCACCAACCUGCUCGACAAACACGAUGUGGUCAUUGCCGACAAAAACAACCAUCUACAGCAGCAUCGCGAACAACUACGAGAUGUCGCAAAACGUCUCAAACCUCCCGCACGCCUCCUCGCACUACACUGGGCCCUCGAUGACCUCCCAAAAGCUACCAUCCACCGCAUCUGCGCCGACCGCGUUCUCGAGCGCGGGACGAACCACCAAUCUCUGCAUGGAGAUGCCGCCGCCAAGGCGCACGAGGAUGUGAUCUGGCAGUUCAUCAAUAACGCCGAGGAGCUCGCGGAAGGAGAGGUUGACGAGACGAUCGAGAUGGACGUGAGCGAGGAACUGGAAGACUCGCUUGCUCGAGCUAUCGAUGGGAUCGUUGGUGUCUUGAAGGUGGAGAGGCCAAGUCCGGAGAGGAUCGGCGAGGCGUUGGCGAAGAUACGCGGGUAUAAGCCUAAGACCACGGACGCGAAGAAGCCCAAGAGUGUACCCGUGCGGUACUUUGGACUGCUACCCGAGUUCGACAUGCGCGGCGCACUGGACGGAGCAUUAUCUAGUGCCGAUGCGCCUGAGCAGGCGAAGAAGUUCUGGGCACAGCUUAAGGAGGACAAGAGGGUGACCGACAGGCCACACAUUACGAUCACGCACGCCAAGUUGAAGGACGAGGAAGGCGACACCUGGGAUCGCUGCGAUGCGCUAUACAAAUCAUCGUUGGCACCAACGUUUAAGGUCAAACUUGGUCGCGUACUUUGUGACGGAGACGUCAUGGCGCUUGUUGCGGAAGAGCUGGAGGUAGAAAAGGAUGAGGAUCAGAGGGGCGCGGAGUUUGUUUCGCUAUUGCCGCAGACGAUCCGGGAGAGGCUGCAUAUCACUGUUGGGACACGGACACAGGAAAUUGCGCCGUUCCUGGCCGGGGAACUUGUGAAGCGGUGGAAGGCAUAUACGAGGGAUGGGGUUGAUGAGAUUGAAUUGCCUGAGCUAUGGGUGAAGGGGCGCGUCAGGGGACUCGCUGGGUAG